CAGACAAGGGAUUAAGACGUCUGAUGUGCGUGAAGCUCUUCUGUUAUCGUGGAUAAAACCACGUAGAACUUUUCCGUUGUCGCGGAAUCAUGAGCAGAAUCGCAGGACUUUUACGGCGGACGUUCGGAGUUGUGCGCGAGCACGUCGGGACGGAUCAUUUAGGGAAUAAAUAUUACUUUGUCCCCGAACAGAAGACAUGGACAGGAAGGCGCAUCCGUGCCAAGCGGAUGGUGGUGGCAGUCAAUCCUAAAGAAUAUGACUAUGUGGAGGGCAGCAUUCCAUCAGAGUGGGACGCUUGGAUCCGAGGCAGGCGGAAGGAGCCCCCCUCUGUUGAGGAGCUGCUGAGGAAUGCACAUUACAAGGAGCAGAUCAAAUUGAAGGCCAGGGAGGUGGAGGAGAGAGAUCUGGCCUUACAGGCUAAGGAGCACGAGGAAGGUCUCGUGGCAACUCCAUUGAGGACAAUGAGUAAAGGCCACGCCGCAGCUGCCAACUACGGCCAGCAGCAGAUCAGUGAGGACCCCACCAGCACUGCAAACACUUUCCAACCUGGCUCCUGGAUAUCCAAUUCUAAGAAAUAGAGACUGGCAAAACUUGUGUUGCUUUGACUGGCCAGAAAAAUUAAUCAGUCCAAUAAAGCAGCAUUGCAAUGAAUAUUGGUUUUGUGGAUGUUUAAUGAAUAUUCAGUUUUUGUUUGUAGCAUUUCACAUGAGAAUCUACUUUCAGUAAUCCAA